CAUGUUCACAGUCAAGUGUGUGCGCGCGCGUGCCAGCCCAAGCGAAAGUAGCGACCAGGAGCGCUCUUGGUUCACUCAGCUUCUGGAUGCCGAGAGCGCACACAGAAACAGACACGCGACAUAACGGCACACGCGUGGCUCUCUCCUUUUCCUUCAUGACGAAGCAAAUAUGACUUGUUAAUGUCAUUAUACUUGUAGCCAUCCUCAGUGAAGGCGAAAAACAAACCACAAUUAUUUUCGCAAGAAUCGCCAACACAUUAUCAGCUGUUUCCCACAGUUCCACAUUCCGGCGCACACAGGGAAUAUGAAGGCGAAAAACCGUGACCAAAGCUUGUCGGACUCCAGAGAACUGGACGGAUCCUAUGACCAGCUAACGGGUAACCCUUCCACCAGCCAAAGCAAAAAAACCAUAAAGCAGCGAUUCCUCAAACUGCUGCCGUGCUGCAAGCCUUCGACUACCCCCUCAAUCAGUCAAAACAGCGUGGAAGAUGACUUUGAGUUAUCCACUGUGUGCCAUCGCCCUGAAAGCAUGGACAAGCUGCAGGAGCAAACUAAGUUUACCAAAAAGGAGCUCCAAGUCCUCUACAGGGGCUUCAAAAAUGAGUGCCCAAGUGGUGUGGUAAAUGAGGAGAACUUUAAGAACAUUUACUCCCAGUUCUUCCCUCAGGGAGAUUCAAGUAUGUAUGCACAUUUCCUGUUUGAAGCCUUCGACACGAACAAAAACGGCUCGGUUAGUUUCGAGGACUUUGUAUUUGGCCUGUCUAUCAUCCUGAGAGGGACCAUUAAUGACCGGUUAAACUGGGCAUUCAACCUCUAUGACUUGAACAAGGAUGGCUGCAUCACCAAAGAGGAGAUGCUGGACAUCAUGAAGUCCAUCUAUGACAUGAUGGGGAAAUACACGUACCCCACCAUGCAGGACGAUGCCCCAAGAGAACAUGUGGAGAGCUUCUUCCAGAAAAUGGACCGGAAUAAAGAUGGGGUGGUCACCAUAGAUGAAUUCAUUGAGUCUUGCAAAAAGGAUGAGAACAUCAUGCAGUCCAUGCAGCUGUUUGACAAUGUCAUCUAAACAUCUGGACCAGUGAGGACACUGGCACCAGAGAGGGGUACGUGUGUGUGGGUGUGUAAGAGGAAUACGGGAUUGAAGAGAGAGAGAAAGAGUCUGAUUCCAUGUGUGUUGCGUGUGUGUGGCUGUCUCCCGACUUGCAAGCUUGUGCUCGUGUCUCUGUUGAGAGCUGAGUCCUGAGGACACAGAGAGGGCCCCCUCCCUCUAACUGGACCCCCCAGUGGCUUCCUCCAAGCAACAAAGGAGAGUACCCAGCGCCCAUCCUCAUCAUGCAGAACCUUAUGUUUUAUCCCAGAGACACAGAGAAAGCAAGCAAGCAGUGGGCUCACAGCCACCUGCACACCUAACACCCAACCAGCCCCUGCCUGUUUUAUUUGAACUUUUAUUGCUCUUGCUGACGGAGGGACUAUCACAGCCUUUUAAUGGUUGAACUCAGAAGAAGGAUGCUCUCCCAAAACCCUGAUCUCAGAUCACUUUUCCCCUUUCCUCCGUAAUGGCUGAGAGAUGGCAUUGUGAACCUGAUCUUGCCUCUGCGGAUGUGGGUAACACCUUCCUGGAGCCGUUAAGACUCAUGGCUCAUUUGCUGGCCAUACAAAUAGAAAUGAAUCUACAGCCACCUGGUGGACAAGAGAGAAAAAGACACUUCCUGAGGGAGCAACCAACAAACUGGUGAUCCGAGCGAUUCCGUCUUACGGAGGGAGCUUCAAACUCGUUUUUUCCACAAGGGACUGAUUUAAAUAUCGCAUGAUGAUGUCACUAAUAUCUACUUAUGUAUUUACAGAGAUACUCCAAAGUCUGCUCGUCUGUCUGCUGUCCUAGUCAUUCACAGGUGCCUCACCCUUUGCGUAUGUGUGCGUGCAUGUGUAACAGGAGAUGUCAUCUGUCUUACAAAUGUAAGACUCUUGUGACACAACACCCACCUUCAUUCACAAGAUUUCGGUAGAGUAAUUCCCGGCCUUCCAAACUAUUACAAUCCUAACAGUAGUUGUCUAUUGACUGUUGUACAUUUUCUAGCAUUCCCAGUGGUGUGAUAUUAGGCUGUACAAUGUGGGGAUUGCACUAUAAUUUAAUGAGCCGUUUUGACCCUAGCAGCUUCUCUCGACAUGGGAAUGACAUACCACAAUCGUACUAGUCUAUGAAUAUACAUUCAAAGAGAAGAUUAUUAGAUUGCAGAUUGUAUUUGUGAACUUAUUGUAAUCUGAAAUGUCAUGUGGUUGUCACAGGUUCUACCACUUGAAAAAACACAAAAGUCCCCACACCCUUUUUGCAUUAAAUCUGACUAUUUCCAUUUCAAGGAGGCAUAAAGUGAUUGUGUGUAGCAGGGGAAGACAAAGUUUGAUAGCAGUUUUCUUUUUUCUGUGCCCCCAUUGUUCACUCCAUUUCUUAUUCUCCCUCUCUGUAACACCAAAGAAAAGAUAUCAAUUAAAAAGGUACAUAAAGCCACUUAAGGCAAGACAUUUAGCCCACCUGUGGCUGAAGACAGAGGGAGUUACUGGGUAUCAAGCUGGAUAAGGGGCAAUCAGAGAUAAGAGGUAGACUACAUGUAGUUUAUCUGCACGCUGUCAAGUGCAAUUUUAGGUUGUGAACCCAUCCAUUAGGCUCAGAUUAAUUAUUUUAGAGCAAUUUGCAACCACUUAUUUGCUUCUUUUCACACUAGAACUAAGCAACACAAAUGUGAGAUGAUGUGAGGCACUCGGGCCGUAAUUAAAUCGGCCAAGUGUCUUAAAAGCUGAAACAAACAUGAAAUAGCAAUAAUGUUCUCCACUCACCCAACGUCUCCUUCCUCUCAGAGCACACUAUAACGGCCCUGGUUAAAAUAUGCACUUCCGGCCCUGCAAUUUCUUAUUUUUUUAUGUUCUGCAGUUUUUACAUUUAUACGUUCUGGAAGAAUGGUUUGGCUCUGAUUGUUCCUGCCCACAGUUACGUUAUUUUCCCCAAACACAAGGAAAACCUGUCUAUACCCGCAUGUACUGUGUCUAGAACAAUGAAAACCUACUAACCCGUGGUACUGACUGUCUAGCUAGCCUAAACUGGUUGCAUAGCAUAUUCAAAAUGUGUAUAUUUUGUACAGAGAUAAUAAAAAAACAAAAAACACAGUUACUAUGCAAAA